UUGAAGAACUUCGUAAUACACUUAAAGAGGAUAUUUCUUUUACAGUAUUUAAAUGUACAAAUAAAAGGUUAUUAGAAUUAUUAAAAUAUAUACCCGAAAAAGAAGGUGGAAAUACUUCAAAAUUUAUUUCAGAUUUUCGUAAAUUAUGUUACAAUUCUGAAAUUAAUGAUAUACGAGAGCAAAAAAAUUAUUUUUGUAAUACACUUCCAAAACUUCCAAAUAAGAAUGAUACCGAUUGUUAUAAUUAUCUUCUGGAAUUUAUCAAGAGAAGGGAGAAAAUCAAAUCAAUGAAUGAUUUAGUUAAAGAAUUCGUGGAAAUUAUUACAGUUGAAUUAAAUUUAAUUAAAAAUGGAUCUAUUGUAGCUUUAAAGCACGUUGUUACAGGAAAAUAUUUAAGUUCGAUUGAAAAUUUACGUUAUACAACUGGAAGCAUGAAUCAGCUGGUAUAUCUAUUUAUACAUUUCUUUUUAUUACAUCAAUAAUUAACUUUAUUCAAUUAUUUUAGGCUUUUGCGGGCAGCCCAGAGCCUGAUCUAAAUGCUUUAUGGAAAAUCGAAUUUAGUGGAAAAUUAGCUAUGUAUAAUAA